AUGGUAUUUAAGGAAAAGAAAGAGAUUUUAUUAAAACUUUCAUCUUUCCUAUGUAAUGAUCUAAUCAGACGUGCUAAUCGUAGUUCAAAUAUCCUUCGUCCUCAUCUUCCUAUUUAUAAGCCACAGCUUACUUCGACGUUUCCAAUUUCCCAUAGAAUCUCCGGGGCUUUCCUAGCCACUAUACUUUUGUUUUUUUAUCUUCUUUGUCUGAAAAUAGGUUUGAUUUGCUUCACCUAUACGAAUUUCUACCAAUUCUUCUUUUAUUCAUCAAAGCUUCUCCUAAUUUCCGUCUCAAUUGCUGCCUUAGCCCUGUCCUAUUAUCUGUAUAAUGGGGUUCGUCAUUUAUUGACGGAUUUUUCGGUAUUUAUCUUUCUAAGAACGGAUUUUUCGGGAUUUAUCUUGAUUUUUCUUAGAAUUGCAAUUUAUUUAAUUUAG